GUUGUUUCACACACAUUUACCGAGGUUAUAAAACAGCUGAACCAGCAGUAAGAUGCCAGUGUGUUUCAGAUCGUUUCUACAGUGCUUUCAAUUCUUAUCAUAUCUAUGAAAAGCUAGUCAACAGUUCUUCGGUAGCUGACUGUCGUUUCCUGAAAAGUUGAUAAAAACAGAAUAAAAAUGGCUGCGAUCGAAGUAUUCUGUGGCAUUGUCGCAGUGGUCCUUCUGUUUUACUACUAUUUAGUAGCACAUUACAACUUCUGGAAGAAACAAGGAGUUCCCGGGCCUGAACCAGAACUAGUUUUUGGUACGACUAAGCAAAUAUUAUUCUCGCAGAAAUCGUUAGGUUCCUACACGGCAGACAUUUACAAAAAAUAUAAAAGUGAACCCAUGGUUGGUAUAUUUCUAAGAAGGAAGCCUGCCUUAGUUUUAAACGAUCCCGACCUAAUCAAGACAGUGCUUAUCAAAGAUUUUACGAAAUUCUCUAGUCGUGGAAUUAACUUUAAUGAAGUGACAGAUCCACUCUCGCAACACCUGUUCACUCUGGAGCCGAAAAGAUGGCGACCAUUAAGAACUAGGCUUUCGCCAGUAUUCACAAGCGGCAAGCUUAAAGAAAUGUUCUGUUUGAUCCUCGAAUGUUCCAACGGUCUUGAGAAAUAUAUGGACAAAUUGUUGGCAAAUGGCAAUGAAAUUGAUUGUCGAGAAUUGGCAGCAAGAUUCACUACCGAUGUCAUUGGCAGCUGUGCGUUCGGAAUCAACAUGAAUUCAAUGUCCGAAGAGGAAUCUGAAUUUCGUAGAGUAGGAAAGAAAUUCUUCUCUACCUCGAUCGGACAGUUAAUAAGAGUCAAAAUAAGAGAUUUGACACCGUGGUUAUACACUAUACUCGGUUACGUAUUACCGCAGCAGGAAACCACGACGUUCUUUAUGAAGUCUGUUAUGGAAGUGAUGGAGUACAGAAAGAAGAAUAAUGUUGUCCGGAAAGAUUUCAUCGAUACGUUGAUAGACAUCCAAGCGCAUCCGGAAAAAUUGGGCGACAUCAAAAUUACGGACUCCCUACUCGCAGCACAAGCGUUCGUCUUCUUUAUAGCUGGCUUCGAAACUUCAUCAUCGACAAUUAGUAAUGCACUUUACGAAUUAGCCCAGCAUCAGGAUAUUCAGGAUAAAUUGCGAGAAGAAAUUAAAGAGCAUGAGAAGAUGAACAAUGGAGAAUGGCAUUAUGAAAAUAUAAAAGCAAUGCCAGUCUUAGAUGGUGUAUUUAAAGAAACAUUGAGACUGUACCCACCAUUAUCAGCUUUAUUACGGAAGUCAGUGGAAGAUUACACUUUUGAGGACAUGAAAGUUUGGAUACCCAAAGGUACAACCGUGUUAAUACCCAUGUAUGGAAUGCUCCACGAUCCAGAUAUUUAUCCAAAUCCUGAAGUGUUUAAUAUCGAUCGAUUUAAAGAAGAGGAAGAAUCAAAAAGACAUCCAAUGCACUAUUUACCCUUCGGAGAUGGCCCAAGGAAUUGUAUUGGUGCACGGUUCGCGAUCUUCCAAACGAAAAUUGGACUCAUAAAGAUACUUCGUAAUCAUAAAGUGGAUGUUUGCAAAGAUACUGUAAUUCCGUAUAAAAUUAAUGAACGUGCCUUCUUGCUGACUCCAACCCAUCCAAUAACUCUGAAAGUGACCAAAAUUGAGAAAAUGACUGGAAUCGAGAUAUUUUGUGGCAUUGCACUGGCGUCUCUUCUGGUUUAUUACUAUUUGAUAGGACCUUACAAUUUUUGGAAGAAACAAGGCGUUCCUGGACCUAAACCGAUACCACUUUUUGGAAAUGCUGCGCCAUUGCUGUUUUCAAAAGAGACAAUGGUUGUGUUCCUGAGUUCUAUUUACAAAAAAUACAAAAACUGUCCUAUGGUUGGCAUAUUCAUAAAUAGACAACCGGCUUUGGUUGUAAAUGAUCCUGAGUUAAUUAAAACAGUGCUUAUUAAAGAUUUUACGAAGUUCUCUGAUCGUGCAUUUGAGUAUAAUGAAGUAGCAGAGCCACUUUCAAUACACUUGUUCGCUCUCGACUCGAAAAGAUGGCGGCCAGUGAGAAGAUGUCUUUCGCCAGUAUUCACAAGCGGCAAGCUUAAAGAGUUGUUCACUCUGAUUCUCGAAUGUUCCAACAAUCUUAACAAUUAUUUAGAAACAUUGCUAGCUACCAGCGAUGAAGUCGAUUUUCGAGAAUUGGCAGCAAGGUACACUACGGAUGUCAUUGGCAGUUGCGUGUUUGGUGUCAAUAUGAAUGCAAUGUCGGCGGAGGGGUCAGAGUUUUGCGUUAUAGGACAAAAGUUUACUUCUUACAAGUAUAUAAAAUUAAUAAGAUUUAGACUAAGAGAAUACUUUCCAUGGAUAUACACCAUGCUUGGUUAUGUGAUACCGUACCCCGUUGGCAAUGAUGCCUUUAAGAAGAGGGUGUUGGAAAUGAUAGACCACAGAAUAAAAAAUAAUAUCAUCAAAAAGGAUUUCAUGAAUACGCUGGUUGAUCUUAAAAUGCAUCCAGAUAAACUGCAAGAUAUCGAAUUGACUGAUAACCUUCUCGUUGGGCAAGCAUUAGUCUUCUUUAUAGCUGGUUUUGAAACUUCAUCAUCGACAAUUAGUAAUGCACUUUACGAAUUAGCCCAGCAUCAGGAUAUUCAAGAUAAAUUGCGAGAAGAAAUUAAAGAGCAUGAGAAGAUGAACAAUGGAGAAUGGCAUUAUGAAAAUAUAAAAAUUAUGCCAAUUUUAGAUGAAACACUAAGAAAGUAUUCGCCAGUUGCAAUUAUGAGAAAGACAAUAGAAGAUUACACUUUCGAAGACUCGAAAAUAUGGGUACCUAAAGGAACACGUGUGUUUAUACCCGCAAAUGGAGUACAUUAUGACCCAGAUAUUUACCCAAAUCCUGAAGUAUUUGAUAUUAAUCGAUUCACACAAGACGAAGUAUCGAAAAGACAUCCAAUGCACUUUUUACCCUUUGGGGAUGGCCCAAGGAACUGUAUUGGUGCACGUUUUGCAAUCUAUCAAACGAAAGUUGGUCUCAUAAGGAUACUUCGCAAAUAUAAAGUCGACGUUUGCAAUAACACUGUAAUUCCGUAUGUAAUUAAUCAACGUGCCUUUCUGCUGGCUCCAAAACAUUUGAUAACUUUGAAAGUAACAAAACUUGAGGAUUCAUAG